UGUCGCACAUUUCGGUUCCCGUAAGCUUCGACUUUCCGCCGCGACGAAGCGCGUCGAGCGUCAGGUUUUAUACGUCACAGUGAACAUGUCGGACGGAGAGGAUGAUUUUAUGUGCGACGAUGAAGAGGAUUACGAUUUGGAAUAUUCCGAAGAUAGCAAUUCCGAACCGGACGUAGACUUAGAAAACCAGUAUUACAAUUCCAAAGCGCUGAAGGAAGAUGACCCCACUGCAGCACUUGCCAGUUUCCAAAAGGUUCUAGACUUGGAAGCGGGUGACAAGGGAGAAUGGGGUUUCAAAGCUCUAAAACAGAUGAUCAAAAUAAACUUCAAGCUGAGCAAAUACGAAGAAAUGAUGGCCCGCUACAAGCAGCUGCUCACGUACAUCAAGAGCGCCGUCACCAGGAAUUACUCGGAGAAGUCCAUCAACUCCAUCUUGGACUACAUAUCCACGUCCAAACAGAUGGAGCUGCUGCAGGAGUUCUACGAGACCACCCUGGACGCCCUGAAGGAUGCCAAGAAUGACCGGCUGUGGUUCAAGACCAACACCAAGCUGGGCAAGCUCUACUUUGACCGCAGUGAGUUCAACAAGCUGGCCAAGAUCCUCAAGCAGCUGCACCAGUCCUGCCAGACGGAUGACGGGGCGGACGAUCUGAAGAAGGGCACCCAGCUGCUGGAGAUCUACGCCCUGGAGAUCCAGAUGUACACGGCCCAGAAGAACAACAAGAAGCUGAAGAAGCUGUACGAGCAAUCGCUGCACAUCAAGUCGGCCAUCCCGCACCCGCUCAUCAUGGGUGUCAUCCGGGAGUGCGGGGGCAAGAUGCACCUUCGGGAGGGGGAGUAUGAGAAGGCCCACACGGACUUCUUUGAGGCCUUCAAGAACUACGACGAGUCCGGCAGUCCGAGGCGGACGACCUGCCUCAAGUACCUGGUGCUGGCCAACAUGCUCAUGAAGUCAGGCAUCAACCCCUUCGACUCGCAGGAGGCCAAGCCGUACAAGAACGACCCCGAGAUCCUGGCCAUGACCAAUCUCGUCAGUGCCUACCAAAACAACGACAUUAGUGAGUUCGAGCUGAUUCUCAAGACGAAUCGGAGGAACAUCAUGGACGACCCCUUCAUCAGGGAACACAUUGAAGACCUCCUGAGGAACAUCCGGACGCAAGUGCUAAUCAAGCUCAUCACGCCCUAUACUAGGAUUCACAUACCUUUCAUCUCCAGAGAACUCAACAUAGACUCUAACGAAGUAGAAAAUCUUCUAGUUUCCUGUAUCCUGGACAGUACGAUACAGGGCCGGAUCGAUCAGGUGAACCAAGUGCUGGAGCUGGACAGCAAAGGACAGGGGGCAGCGAGGUACAACGCCCUGGACAAGUGGACGGCCCAGCUGGGGACGUUGCACCAGACCAUCGUCAACAAGAUCAUGGCGUAGCGUCGGCCGAACUUCGUCCCCCUCUGCACCCAAUCCCCCCCCGCGCGGCGGCCAAGGGUCGCAGCUUGCCGCCGGCGUACGUUCCGUUUAAACCUCGAGGAUUGCACGAACGACAGUUCCGACUCUGUCGAAACGGGGCGCAAAGUGGAUCCAAGAACUGUCCACCGCAGCUACGUCACUAACAGUGGCGAGUCCGCGUCGUAAGAAACGAUCGCCUCUUUGUUGGGCGUGAUGGGUGUUCUUUCUCGCACCCCGUUUCGGCGCCAAGGUCAAAAACGAGGCAGGCGUGCGGGCCGUUCUCGCAUGCCACAUUUACCCGAACAUACGUCAAUCUUCUUGUGAACAAGGCCGACACGUCCACUUGCCCGUGGACCACGUGGCGACCGGUCGACACCAUUUAAGGAAGCGCGGCGAAUCACAGGACAGCACUAAAGUUUGAACCAGGUGCUUACGUGGAGUGGGGCAUUAACACGUUUAAAAUCCCGGCACGUGUUCUGGUUUCAAGCCCUGUGGUUUGCGGUGCCUCAUCAUCAUUUGCUGUUCUUUCAGAAACCGCAAUGGUCGUGUCGUCCUCUUGCCACGUGGGAAAGCGGGACUCGAGGGCUUGCUUCGCACAGAAAGACUGACCAACGUCUAGGCAGACACGGUGCUUGGCCGUUUCAGAAGAUCACUUUCACUUCUCGUUUGGACGGAGUCGAGAGUGUAUGUGUGUCGAGGCCACGAGGCGAAACGGACCGUACCCGUUGCCCCAAAGGCAAGCCUGUCCCCGCCGCCGCCGCCGCCGUAGUUUGUUUCUUUCCCUGUACAUAAACGAACCUGUCUGGAUGGCAGUGCUUUCAUGGGCUUUCCAGUCCUUUUCCCCUCCGUCUGCCUUUGGCUGGAGAGCCCUGUAUUUAAUGAGCGAGAGAGUGGAAACCGCAUGUGGACGCUUGGAAUUUGUAAAAUAAAGAUGCAGUGUCGGAGAGUGUUUUCGAGAA